AUGUCAUUCUUGAAUAGCAUUCCGCGAGAUCUGCGUGAAAAAAUUGAUAUUAUAAGCUCAUCUGAGCCCUCAGCACUUGCCGUUUUCGAAGAGCUGUACAACUACCUAAGCGUUGAACAAGAAAGCAGGAAAAAGUCCAAAACUGAUGAUGAGGCUCCCAAAGUAGCAGAAAACUCGAUCAUUUUCCAAUUGAAAGACGUUUCUGUGCUCACUCCGUUUCGCAAAAAGCUUAACCUCGUUAUUUCACUGUCACCAAUGACAGGCAAGCCUACAUUGUCGCUAUCCAAAGAUAUGGUUCCGCAAUUGACAAUCUCUGAGCUCAACAAGUGUGUCAAAUUUGCCACUUUUUUACCGGUCCCUGAAAAGAGCAAUGUGGUUUAUUUGUUUAUAAGUUAUCGGUCAGACGCAUUGUCCGAUGCCAAUGACUUUCUUCUGGUAACGCUUAAUAAGGACGCAACAUUGGCGCAACUGAAAAGUUCGGGGCUAAUCAGUAAUCCUGCAAAUGAUCUUUCGCCCUGCAUUGACUACAUCCGGAAGCAGGCCAUACUGGUGGGGUUCCGCAUUGCAGAUCCCUUUUCUGCGUCCAAUACAGGUCCCAAACCGUUCCAUGUAGAAGCACAUCGAGGAACAAAAGAAGGAACUCUUUAUUUCCUGCCUGAUAAUGUUCUAUUUGGUUUUAAGAAACCUAUAUUACUAUUCUCUUCGCAGGAGAUCGAAUCCAUUACUUAUUCUUCUAUUACGCGAUUGACGUUCAAUGUCACUUUGAUUACGAAGAGCGGCGAAAGGUACGAGUUUUCCAUGAUUGACCAGAAUGAAUACGCCUUGAUCGAUGACUACGUCAAACGGAAACAAGUAAUCGAUAAUUCCAUGAGCGAGGAAAACAAGGCUAAACGGACUAAUAAGGAACAUAGCACGGAAGAACAUUCUCUUCUAGCAGAAGCAGCACAGCAACUCGAAAAUGGAGGAAAGAUCAACGACCUCCCGUUGGAUUCAGACGACGAAGAGGCUGACAACGACUUCGAAGUAGAAAGCAAUUUGUCCGAUGGAAGCGAUGUCGGGUCUUCUCAGGAGGAUGAGGAGGAUUUGGAAGAAGAUAAUGCACAAGAUGAGGACGAAGACGAGGAGGAGGAGGAGGAGGAGCAGGAGAAGGAUGAAGAAGAUGCCGGACAAGAACAAGUGGCAGAAAAGCAAGCGGAAAAUGACCUCGAUAGUAUGGGCCCACACUUCUCAAACGGUAUAGAUCAUCAGCAGUAUGAAAUGCCGGAGAAGAUGCAUGAUCCUUUUAAUACUAACGAUUUUGACGACCUAACGCAUGAAAUGUCAUUUCCAAUGGAAUCAAGGGAAGGUGAGGAUGAAGACGACUCCGGAGUUGAGUACGACUGA